UGAUUGUAAGUAGACAGAACAGUGAGGGAGGCUUUCAGCCGUCUGUAAAGUUAACAAAGCAAAGUCCUCUCCUUAUUUAGCUCUCAUUGUGCGUCUGUAUGAAUGAGUGAGUGUCAAAGAGAGAACGUCAGCUGGACGAGACACGACUGUUGUUUAUGUGUUUGUGACUGAGGGAGUGGGACGGAAAUAGAGAUAGAUAGAUAGAGGGAGUGGAGAUAGCAAAGCGGAGAGGUGCUUCUAAUUGUUUUCAUUUUUCUGUAAUGAUCGAGGAGGAACGGGAACACAGAUCGGCUGUCAGUCUCAGCGCACACACUGCAGAGGGAGCGACUCCUCUGGACGCACGCGCGCGCGUUUGCACCUGUUGAGCAUAUCUAUUCACGUCCAGCAGUCAUGGCCGUCUCCACAGCUGUGUGAGAGGGUACUCGUGUCUUUCAGGGGUCUUCCUAUCUUACAGGAGAGAGAUGUCAUCGCUCUAUUCACGCAGCAAGGACCUUUCCUCUCGCUCCAGAAAGUCCCUAUCGGACUCGCCGCCCUCUUCCCCGUCCCCCAGCACCAAAACCUUCAGACAAGACCGGGUGUCAAGCAGGUCAGACUCUAGCGGUGUGGAGUCUCCGUCAGACAGACUGUCAGCCCGGACCAGCACAUACACACGCAGAGAGAACAGACUCACCUCUCUGAGCAAAACAGAGGACGACUCGGCCAGCAAGGACUAUAAGAAGCUGUAUGAGGACGCACUGACUGAGAAUGAGAAGCUGAAGUCUCGACUGCAGGACAGCAAACAGGAGCUCACCAAAAUCCGCUCACAGCUUGACAGAGUCGCACAGAAGCAGGACAGAAUAUCAGAGAGGUCCUCUGUAUUUGAAUCAGAGAAAAGGGAAAAAGAAGCUUUGGAGAAGAGGGUUUCAAACAUGGAAGAAGAAUUAAAGCAGACGCCCUCAGUGAGGUUUCGCUACCAGCCCUGAGUUCAUCCUCAGCUGGACUGGGUGAAAGGGGGCAGAUGCAGGCUUACUGUCCUAUGAAGACAACAGCGAGCACUGUGUGAAAAACUGCUACUCAUUGUGACCAAAUAAUAAAAUGACAAUCCCAGAAUGCAUUGGCUGAGUCAAGCGUAACGUUGAUUAUAAAUGCUGUGUUAAUGCCAUGACGCAAUUACUAGAUGACAACCCGGGACGUCCUGCUCUGAGCUGUUCUCCUUAGGCUCUGAAUAAUGUGUCUCUAUGGAACACUAUUAACGCCAAAAAUGAAUCUGUGUCAUUUGAGUAGUCAAUAGACAAAACCACAAUGGAGUGCUGGAAGGAUGGCAUGUUUUUGUAGGCUGAAACCUGGAAAUAAGUUUGAGUUUUAACACUUUUGGUUCCAUCUUCCCAAAAGUCAAUGGGUUUUUGAUUACAUGCCUGAAAUAAGGUCUGUGAUUCACACAAGCUCUAGAUAUUUUCACAAUUUAUUCUGCGACAUAAAAUAUAAUACCUCAAAAAUGUGGUUGCUAACAAGUGGCUAAUUACAUAGCCUAUGUUUAGCUUUUGAAUUCUGGUGAUUGUAUUUCAAAAUUCAUUAUUAUUAUUAAUAAAAGUUGUGUUCAUUUGUAAAUAUUAUCAUGGUGAAUAAAACAUGUAAGUGUCACAAACUUUUGUUGGUCACAGAGCUAAUUUUCUGCAGUAAUCCAAAAGCCAAUUGGGAAACCUUAGUGGGUUUUAUUGAGUAAAUCACGGUAAUGCAAACUUUUCGGUUCGCCGAAAAAUAUGCCAUCAUUACAGCACUCUAUGCACUCUAAUGCCUUAUUAAUAAAAGUAUAGUUUGUUUAGAGGGACAUUAGAAGCAACAUGCUAAUGGAAAACUCUGUCCACAUAAGUCGUGACGAAUUAAAUACUGUUUUCGGGUCCGAGCCUCGAUUCCAUUGCAAUUGAUCUCAAUAGCUGUUUUGUGCACAAAUUAUUUAUAGCACGUUAUUAAGAACUCACAGUAUCAGUUUCUGUGCAAGGUUUUAACAAUUCAUAAAAAAAUUAAUCACUCUCUGGCCAACUAUGAUUUCAGUGUGAAGACAAAGGUUAGGAUUAUAAUUUUUCCAGUACACCAUGAAUGUAUAUUAGCACCAUUUGCUGUUUGCUUUUGAGAUCUGAAGGAGCGCUUGGAUCUGGAAAUAGUGACGUGUGACAUAAAACUUAAGCGGGUUGGAAUCAGUUGUUAGCGAGUCUUGCUGCCUAUGUAGAGUGUUUUCACGUGGCUGUUUUUGAAGGAUGUUUCUUUAGGUUAGAUAGCACUUUAGGUAGAUAGCAGGUUAUGCAGAAUAGUCUACUGAGUAAGGAAUGGCUCAGCAGAAAGAGACGAGUGUUUCAGCACCAUCUAAAAGCCAUGUUGUGACAAAGUGAGUCAUGACUUGAAGCACAACAGUACUUGCACUGGUCAUCUGUUCUGGCCGUUAUGACAUGCCAACCUCUGUUUAUCAAAGCAGUGUGUCAUUUCAUAGAGUUAACCAUUUAAAUAUGACUACAGAUGCUCUUUGUAGAGACAAAUCAAUGAAUCAUGAAAGAGCUCUGAACAGAUGCCGGAUGCCUCCCAGUUCUCUGUUGGUUUUUCAUGCAUUGGAGAAACUCAAUGGCCUGGUCCCAAAUCCGUAAGCCGUGAAACCAUGUUUGGAAACGGUGUCAAACCUCAGGGUUUCUCCACAUGCUGGUUCAGGAAGUUUCUGAGGUUGACCACAGAUGCCUCACACCGCUCAUUAAUCUCCUUACUGCACAGUGUGGCUUUUAUGAAAGAAAAUAGUGGUGAUUACUACUUUUUAAAAGUCCUCCAAUAAAAAGCUUGAUUUUAUUUAAAGUAAGUGGUCAUGAAGACAUUUGCAAGCCUGUGUUCCUCAUCCUUUUUGUGAAUGACUACAGUUGCACAUGCUGUGUGUCAGUGAGUUCAUCCAACACAAAUUUCUGUUCUCACCUGAUCGUCUUUGCAUGCUUAUAUUUCUGUUUAAACAGAACUGUUCCUUUCUAAAGUCAACAUGAAAUUCAUUUUAUUUGUAAUGUGACAUUUAAGAGUGAAACAUGAUUUAUAUUCUAAUGCAUUUAAAAUAAUAUUUGUUUCACAUUUGAAUGUCCUUAAGAAAGAUAUAGGACCAGAAAGUAGUCUCUAUAUGACAGGUGGUUGGAAGGUGGAGAAAUAAGAACAAUUUCAAGCAAAUAUAUUACAGUUAAAUGUGGCUAUAUGGAGUUUCACCAGGGUUGUAAACCAUUCAGAAUGAACCUGAUAAAGUUUGGACUAACAGUUAAAGUAGUAGUAAAAAAGGGUCCACAGAAAAUUAGUAUCAAUAUUUGGAUUUCGUUUGUCAACUACCCCUAUAAUGAAGUGUUUAUAAAAAAGAUUGGUACAGUAAACAUGGUUUAAUAUUUAGAUGCCACUAAGGCAUUUUCACUAGUAUGAAGCACUUAUGUUAAUUUUAACAUGCUCUCUGUUGUGAUUGAGAAACGGCAACACGAAAUGGGCUGAUGGUGCAAUAGGAUGCCUGUAUUGUCCCAUAUGGGAAGUUUAAGUGAUUAUAAAAACACGAUUGGCACAGUAAAAGUGUUCAAAACCUGGAAUUUUCUAGACUGUUAGAAAAUGCAAGAUGCCAGUGUGUUAGAUUUACUGCACAAUUAUUAAAGAGCGUAGAGAACUGACUGACUCAUUCAAAAGUAGUAUUAUUACACAGCUACAUUAUUAUAUGCAAAAUUCAAGUGUCGAUUAAAAAAAGGUUGGUACAAUAUAUCGUUGGAUGUCCUUAGACCACUGGACCCUUUUAUUAAACCACUUUGUCAGAUUUAAUGCACCCCUUACAGAUGGUAGAGAAAUUCUGGCUUGGCGUAUUCAACUUUAACAGAGUUUAAUUCAAGCAGAAUUAAAGAUAUGGAUAAUUAAAGGAAUCAUUGCAUUAUAUAAAUGGGAGAUUCUUGCAUUGACAAGUAACUAACAAAUAAGUAGCUGGAUUGUUAUUAGUUUAAGGGAUAGUUCACCCAAACAAUGAACACUGUCCUCAUAAUGGUCCAAACGUAUAUGCAUUUCUUUCUUCUUCAGAAUACAAUAAAGAUAUUGUGAAGAUUGUUAAAGGGAUAGUUCACCCAAAAAUAAAAAUCAUCCCAUGAUUUACUCACCCUCAAGCCAUCCUAGGUGUAUAUGACUUUCUUCUUUCAGACAAAUCCAGUCAGAGUUAUAUUAAAAAAUGACCUGGCUUCUGAAUGAAGCAAUGUGUUUGUAUAAGAAAAAUAUCCAUAUUUAAAACUUUAUAAACCGCAAUCUCUAGCUUCUGCUAACUGUCGUACACGCGUUCACGAGAGAGCGAGAAUAUGCAAUAUACCAAGUUUUGUUUACAGCAAAGGAAAACCAGUCUCCUCUUGGCUUAUAUCAAAAUCCUCCAGCAUUUUCCUCGUUUUGUACUUCUAAUUCGUGACCAAUGUUGUUUUGCUCUCUUCUCUGCUCUUCCGCGUUCGUUACUUCUCACCGGAGUUUACGCUAUGCCAACGUCUUACAUCAUCUGCUGGACACCACUCUCUCGUGAACGUGAGUAUGACAGUAAGCGGAAGCUAGAGAUUACGGUUUAUAAAGUUUGAAAUGUGCAUGCAUUGUUUUGCCUUUAUUAACCCCCGGAGCCGUGUGGAGCACUUUUUAUGAUGGAUGGAUGCACUGUUUUGGGCUUCAAAUUCUCAACCCCCAUUCACUGACUUUAUAAAGCUCGGAAGAGCCAGGACAAUUUUUAAUGUAACUCCAACUGUAUUCGUCAUAUACACCUAGGAGGGCUUCAGGGUGAGUAAAUCAUGAGUUAGUUUUCAUUUUUGGUGAACUAGCCCUUUAAUGGUAAUCAAACAGUUUCAGUUCCCAUUUACUUCUAUUGUAUUUAUUUAUUUAUUUUUUUGUCCAAAGUCAAUGGGAACCUGAACUGUUUGGUUACCAACAUUCUUCGAAAUAUGCACUUCUGGGCCACCGUAACAUUUGGAUGAACAAUUAUAAAACACUUUUCUCAUGAAUAAUGUGCAAUGAUGAAUUAGAAACACAAUAAGUUUGAUUUCAUGUUGACUUUGUUUUAAGUAACUCAGACACAUUAAUGCUGUUCAUUUUUGUUCCCAAAUCCUCUCUGAUGUUCUCUUACACUUGCUCUCAUGAUUCGGGCCUCUCUGUAUCUCCAGACCUUUCCUGCUUUGGCUCGGCUACAGGCUCUCCGCAGGGGGAACGCGCACCUCCUACUGGAGAACAAAGCCAUGCUGUGCUCCCUCACUCGCCUCUCUCAGAAGGCCUCUCUCCCCGAGACGGACGAUCUCUAGUCCUCCUCUCUGUCUCUCUCUGUCCCUUCCUCCUUCCUGUUCUCCGCUGUACCCUGUAGUCCUCCUCCUCUGUCCCGCUGCUGCUCACCUCUCAGGCAGGUCUCUCUGUUUCAUUCCUUUGUUUUGCAUUGGUAAGGCUUUUUCGCUCCUUCUUUCUUUCUCCCUGUUUCUCUCCCGGGUCUGGGGAAGGGCAACCCCUCACAUUCCUGCUGCAGGCGGUGGCUUUGAAGAUAUUUAUAGAUCAUCUAAACGCAUGACCAAAUGUCUCUAUACUCCAGCAGUGUCCAAAUCAAAUCACAGCCACUGUAGCGUCACAUUCUAGUCUCUGUCAACACAUCUGUUCACUGGUUAUUAAUAACAUUACGGACUAUUGGAUGCCUAUAUUGCACACAGAUAGCUAUAAAAAUAAUUUUUUUAAAUGAAAUUAAAAUGAAUAAAAGUUGUACAUUUACAAAAAUAGAAUAUUGAUAGAAUAUGUAACUCAAUUGUUAUUAAUAACAAUACAGAUUAUUGGAUGCCUAAAUUACAAAUAGAAUAUGGAAGAAUAUGAAUGUGUAUAGAGAACAUUGAAUAUGUAACUCUGGUUAGAAAUGACAUUAUAGAAUAUUGCAUGAUUAUAUUAUUCACAGAUAGCAAUAAAAGUAAACAAUUUUUUUAAAGUCGAAACUAAAAAUGAAUAAAACAAUUAUGUAACUCGCUGGUUAUAAAUGAUAUUAUAGACUAUUGGAUGUCUAUAUUAAAAACAGAUAAUAAAAAAUUACAGAUAAAAAAAAAGAUGAAACUAUAAUAUGGGUUAAUUAUUAUUGAAUAUAUUAUGUUAUAUUUUUGAUCAAAUAUGGAUAGUAUUUUUACAAGUAAUUUAAUGCAGAUCAGCAGCUGAUUUUACAAAUAAUGAUUUUAAUUGUUGGAUUUAGUUGAGUGGAUCGAGACCACUGACAGGCCAGAAUCUUGGAUGCAAUUUAAAUGCUAUGUAAAUCUUAUGUUAAAUAAUUAUUUAUCACACAUAUUUAAUAAAUCUCUUUCUAAAAAACAUGGAAUUUGUGCCUUUAUGGCUUAAAAGCAGCAGGACACCAAUUUGUAUCCUAUUCAUAUUCAGAAUUAUCCACAGAACUAUCCACUGUGCUGCGAGUCUUUCUGUGUGUGCUGGUUAUUUCUAAAAGGGAGGACAAAAGCUUUGUUGUUGUAUCCGAUGGUUGGAAGGAUGUGAUAUGAAGUCAUGAGUGGCUGGGUUUGCUCUCCUGUUAAAGCUUUUGUAGUUCUGGCAAUGCUUUUUUACUCACUGGAGUAGGAGGAGGUGAACCUCUCUAUGCAUGAGCUCACAUUCACAUGGCACUGCCAACUGCCUUUACAAAGGAAUCAUAUUUGAAAAUAAUAUUCUGUGGUGUUAUGAUACAGCAAUGUUUGCAUGCUUUAUUAUGAAGUACUGUCACAUGAGAUUAAGAUAAAAUUUGUCUAGAAGAACCAUUUUAAAAUUAUGGAGUAUUGCCAUCUGAUGGGCACUGUUAUUUUGAUGUCACAUGACUAAACACCUGACCUCUAAAUAAUUAAGUAAAUGAAUGCAUUCUUCUCACUCAUUCUCAUCUUUAAUCAAUCUCAGGUUUUGACAGAACUCAAGUCUGAUAACCAGCGGCUGAAAGAUGAGAAUGGAGCCUUAAUCAGAGUCAUCAGCAAACUUUCCAAGUGAGGACGACCGGUUAAAGGGGAGGAGAAAUACUGAACAGAAAGAGACCAAAUCUGAGAACUUCACAUUGACCUGCUCUUGGUGCAGCAGCUCCAGGGUUAAAGGGGUUGGCUCACCAAAAAAUUCUAAUUUACUCAUGUAGUUACAAACCGGUAUGGCUUGCUUUCUUCUCUGGAACACAAAAGAAGAUAUUUUGAGAAAUGUCUCAGUCUUUUUUGUUCAUACAAUGAAAGUCAGUCAUCACCAAAACUGUUGGUUAUCAACUUGCUUCAGAAUAUCUUCUUUUGUGUUCCAGUGAAGAAAGCAAGUAUCCACUUUCUUACAAAAUAAGGUGGUAGCCGUAUUUAGAUCAUUUCUAGCUGGUUUAGGUGGUUGACUGACAGGACAACCAGCUAGUGGAGCUGAGGUCAACCAUCAUAACCGACUUGGUUAAAGCUGUGCAUCCAUUUUUGCUGGCGAAGGCCUGGCUGAGUUGGUUAACAGUGUUCAAAAACAUAACUUGAACUAGUUAACUGGUUUUACCACCUUAAGUUGGGUUGACUUGUUGUUUGCAGUAGGGUACUCCAAUCACACUGCAAUCACACUAUAAGAACAGUGUUGGUUUCUCCCACAGAAAUGUCCAAUCAAUUGAAUGGCUUCUCAAUGUCAGAAAUGAAUGUCCAUACUAGUCCAGGCUGCUUUAAAGGUUCUAAAAAAAAGUUCUUUAUUGACAUCAGUGGUUCCACGAAGAACCUCUAACAUCCUUGGAACCUUUACAUUUUACAAAUGGUUCUUUACAGUGGAAAAAGGUUCUUCAGAAUAUUAUUACACUCUUAAAAUUAAUAGUUUUUUUAUUGGCAUUGAUGGUUCCAUGAAGAACCUUCAAAAUGCAUGGAAAUGUUCCAUUACACAAAAGGUUAUUUAUAGAGGAAAAUGGUUCUUAAAAUGUUCUUCACACUAAGAAAAACUAAUUGUUGUAAGAACUGUUCAAUUAAAGGUUCUUUGGGGAACCCAAAAUGGUUCUUCUUUGGAGGGAAAACCUCGUUUUGGAACCAGAUUGCCACAUUGUCUCCCUGUGGAACCAGCACAAACAUUCACUUGACUGUGAGGCUGGUCAAGGUUUCUGAUGAAGAACACCAGCACAUUACGGAUAAGCAGCCAAACCACAGCAUUGGUCACCAACUGUUCUGGUCUUUUCAGCAGGGAAAAGCUGAACAAACUGCCAUUCGUUUAAAGAGUAUUUGAUCAUCAAUCAAAUCGAAUUAUCCUGAAGCGGUCAGUUGGUCCAGUAUGAUCUUCAGAAGCUCUGCCAGAACAUUCUAAAAGGAACGUUCCCACUGAGAUAUGACGUCACGCUCCUCAUAUUAACCCAUUUGUCCUGUUUACUUUUACAUUUGUAGUGUUUAUAUAUGACCUGAUGGGCUGAAGAAUGGAUACCCCGAACCAAUCGAAUGUGUUUUAUAUUUAUUUGUGCCUUUUUUUUGUAAUUAAGAGUAUCUAUAUAAAACAGAAACACAUCACACAAAUGCCAUUUCGAAUGCUUUGUUUUUCAUUGUCCACAGUUUUUAACCUGUAAUCUUGAACCAAUUCUCACAGCACUUUGUUUAUGAUUGUUUGUUGUUUGAGUAUUAAAAACACACUGUAAAAUACAAAACAUGUAGUUAAGUGGCUUUUUAGGUGCAGUACUGCCCUCUGCCUGCCUGUAUGAUCAUCACAACCAUUAUAUGGUUUCCACCAUUAUCAUUUUACAUGUCAC